UGAGAGUCUGUGUGUUCAGUCUCUCCAGUGCAGCGCUCCGAGUCGGACCGAUCUGCGCCGCCGUCUGGAAACUGGACGUAUACCGUAUACCGUAUACCGCAGGAUCCACAGGAUGACCCCCGGACCCGGACCCCGACCCGGACCGCUGAGGCUCCUCUGGUUGGUCCUCCUGGGUCUCGGCCUCUGCCUCUGUCUGACGCCGGGCUCCGACGCCAAGAAAGCCGCCAAGGCGCCGCGCUGCCCGUCCACCUGCUCCUGCACCAGAGACAGUGCCUUCUGCGUGGACACCAAGGCCGUCCCCAAGAUCUUCCCACCGGGAAUCAUCUCUCUGACCAUGGUGAACGCAGCCUUCACCACCAUCCCACAGGGGGCGUUCUCUCACCUGCAGCUGCUGCAGUUCCUGCUCCUGAACUCCAACACCUUCACCUCCAUAUCUGACGACGCCUUCGCCGGUCUGUCGCAGCUGCAGUACCUGUUCAUAGAGAACAACGACAUCCAGGACCUGUCCAGGUUCACCUUCAGAGGACUCAAGGCUCUGACUCACCUGUCACUUUCAAACAACAACCUGCAGCAACUGCCCCGGGAAAUAUUCAAACAUCUGGAGAUCCUGACAGACCUGGACCUCCGCGGAAACUCGUUCCGCUGCGACUGUAAGAUCAAAUGGUUGGUGGACUGGAUGGAGAAGAGCAACACGUCGGUUCCCGCCGUCUACUGCGCCAGUCCCUUUGAGUUCCAGGGACGCCGAGUCCAGGAUCUGGUCCCCAGAGACUUCAGCUGCACCAGCGCAGAUUUUGUCGUCUACGAAACCUUUCCCUUCCACUCCGUGUCGGUGGAAUCCUACGAGUUCGCCGGAGAUCGGUACGCGUCCUUCGCUCAGUCCGACUCCGGCUUCUGCGCCGUGUACGUGUGGGACCACGUGGAGCUGGUUUUCCGAAAGUUCCAGAACAUCACGUCCCGCUCGGCCGUCUACUGCAAACCCGUGGUGAUCGACGACACCCUGUACAUGGUCGUAGCGCAGCUCUUCGGAGGAUCUCACAUCUAUAAGUGGGAGGAAGGCCCGCUGCGUUUCGUGAAGAUCCAGGACAUCGACACCACGCGGGUGCGGAAGCCCAACUUCGUGGCCACCUUCCGGGUGGACGACGAGUGGUACUUCGCGGUCGCCGACAGCUCCAAGGCCGGCUCCACCAGCGUCUACCGCUGGCACGGCAACGGCUUCUACACCCACCAGUCCCUGCACCCGUGGCACCGCGACACCCACGUGGAGUUCCUGGACGUGGCGGGGCGACCUCACCUCAUCCUCUCCAGUGCCUCGCAGCCCCCGGUGGUGUACCAGUGGAACCGCGGCCAGCGGCAGUUCGCCUUCCACUCCCUGAUCCGGGAGCUGCCGGACGUGCAGAUGGUCAAGCACUUUUGGGUGAGGAACGUGCUCUACCUCUGCCUCACCCGCUUCAUCGGCGACUCCAAGAUCCUGCGGUGGGACGGCCAGCGCUACGCCGAGAUCCAGACGCUGCCGUCCCGGGGCUCCAUGACCGUGUACCCGUUCAGCGUCGGCGUCCGUCAUUACCUCGUCCUGGGGAGCGACUUCUCCUUCUCCAGGGUGUACCAGUGGGACGACCUGACCCAGCGCUUCCGGCUGUUCCAGGAGCUCAACAUGAGGGCGCCGCGCGCCUUCAGCCUGGUGUCCGUGGACAACAAGGACAUCCUGCUGGCGGCCACCUUCAAAGGCAACACGGUGGCGUACCAGCACCUGCUGGUGGAUCUUAGCGCCUAAGUGAAAAUGACCGAUCCGUUAGCGCACUCUCCCUGAGAAUGUGGAUGGAAAUCAUUCAACGUCACUAACAGCCAAUCACAGUCCUCGAUUGUUAGUUUGCCUGGACUCGAUUGGACCAGAUGUGUCCAUCCCCCCCACCUCCUCCGUCCUCCCACUGGGUCGUGGACUGGUCCUGGGCCACAAAGAAACAAUGAAAAAACAGAUUAUUUGCAUGUUACUGAAGGACUGAGAACAAAAAAAAACAACAACAAACUCUUAUUUUGAAAGUCAGCCGCUGCAGGAAAUGUUGAUUUUUUUUAAGUUAAAAAUUAAAAGUGAAAAACUCAGGAAAACUGGUUUGAAAAACCACCGUUACAUAUUAAAUAUUCAUUACUCACCUGAAAAUGCACGUUUAACUUCUUCACUGAAAUGAAAAUGUUAAAAAAA